AUGGACGAAGACAUCCUGCGCGCGCACAUCGCCUCGUUUUUUCAAAGUCAGGAUGCGAGCGAACGUGCGAACGCGGAAGCGGCGCUUUCGAGCUUCGGCAAGAGCGAUGGAUCUUGGAGCGUGCUAUUGCGCGUGUUAGAGCGAGACGAUGCGACGGCGGUCGAAACACUGUUCUGCGCGCGCACCCUGCACGUGCUUUUGCGUCGCUGCGUCGCAAAGGAGGAGCGGACGCAGGCGUCGCACGCGGCGUUCACGGAACGCGAUUGGAUCGAUCUUCGCUCGCGCGUGUUGAAGCUGACGAUGCUCUUUGCCGUGAAUUCCUCGUCGUUCGCGCACGACGAGUCGAACGCGUCGCGUGCGGUCGACUUGAGAAGCACGCUGACGCAACUCGCGCUAGCCACGUCGGCGUUGGCGUGUAAAAUGCCGACAUGGGAUCCCACAGCGGUCGUGCGAGACGUCAUCAAGGUGUUUCAGGAAGACGCUCGCGUGUCGAAUGAAGCCAAGUUGUUGUGUUUGUGCACAUUUUUGGCGUUCGUGCCGCAGGAAGCGAGUUCCCGAGAGUUGUCCAUACAUCCGGCGCGCCGCGAGCAAGUAUUGACUGGUUUGCGUAGCACCGCGAACGACGUCAUGGACUUGCUCCAGCAGCUCGCGACGUCAGCCAGUGGCGACACGCUGUUACACAAGUACAUACUCGAUGCUCUCGCGGCGUGGGCGGACAUCGCAAACGUCACACCGAGAUUUCCUCGCGUCAUACUUGAAGGCGCGCUACACAUCGUGUGCUCGGAAGAUCACCACGCAAACAUCAAACAAAGCGCCGCGAGCGCGGCGUGUGCGUCACUGGUGCAGUGCGUUUGGACGAGUGACACUGAGCUUCGUGCGUUGCUUGCGACGAGUCUAGCAAAGUUGCGCGCUGAAGUCGUCAAAGCUGAGAGAUCGGAGGAGAGUCGCGCGCUGAUCGUGAACGUACUUUCGAGCGUAGCGAUGAAGGCUUUGCGAGACCAGAAAGACGCGACCAAAAGUCCAUUUGCGACAGGACCAGAUGCGGCUGGCGAUCGCACGUAUGUCAAGUACGCCGAAUUCAAAAGUUUGCAAAGACAACAAAAGAAGACGCAGCGAUCGGAGCAGAAGCAGAAGACAAAUAUCGCCGUGGAUAUCGACACAGAAGUGUUGCUUUUCGCACUCGAUGGCUUAUCCGAGGCGCUUUCUGUCGGUGCCUCCAUGGCGUCGGCGCUGGAACCUUGGGGUAAGCUGGCGAAAUCAUUCACGCCGGAUUCGUUUGUGGAGUUGCUUCGCCCGGUGGCGGAGCGAUGCGUUCACGCCGCAGUGCUGUACGUUCAACUCUUGCCCAAGCACGAUCUGGACGACGACCAAGUGAAGGAAGAAAUUUCUGAUUGUCUUCGCGACGUCAUUUCAGCCGUGCCGAUUGAAGAAAUACUCGGCGACUUCAAUCAGCGCCUCUGCGCGGAGAUGUCCGCCGCACAGAGCGGUGGAUGGAGAACGCUAAACGCGCGUCUGUACGUAUUGCUCUCACUAGCGAAAUCCUUCCGAGCUGAAGCUAAUCAGUCGUCUUUUGCGAUCUUGAUUGAAAAUUUGUGCACUUUAUCGACGAGUGAAGUUGUUCCGAAAGCGACUUUGGAAUCCACUUGUUGGGUUCUGGCGGGUGUCGCCAAGUGCAUUUCGCAGCUUGAAGACAACAUUCUUCUUGGCGUUUCGCACGCGCUGAUUCGUUCGAUGAGCCAUUCAGAAUUUGUUGUCGCACGAGGUGCCGCUGUGGCGAUGAUGAAGCUCUCUGAAUUUGCAGCUUCGCGACUUGGCGCCACGGACGUACCGUCUCUUUUAGCCGAGCUUCACGUUCGCGGUGGGCCGACGCCGUCGCCGACUUUGCGUCUGGGUCAAGAACACGAAUCAACCGUUUUGCUUCGCGCUCUUACGUUCUAUGUGAAGUGCGAGUGUCGAGAGCAGACAGAAAGUGCUUGCGCGUCGCUCGCCGAGCCCGUCAUCGAGGCGAUGAAUGUUUCCCUUCACCGCGGCAGCUCGGAAGAAUAUGUUCGUCGUUUGGUUGAUUUGGAUAUCGUGCUUCGAGCGAUGAAGAGCGCGUAUGAACACAUUCAAUCGCCCAGUGAGGUGCUCGCCGGGUUGGCAACGCGCGCCGCGAUUGCGGUUGAGCAGACGAGCUUGCGAAUUGUCGAUCAUCGAAUGGUCGAGGAGCGCUUUAAAGUCGCAUGGGCGAUGAAGGCUCUCGUGGAGCUGGCGCGCUUCGUCGAUGGGCUCUUGGGAGCUGUCGUUCGAAUUUCAGUCGAGGCGUACAUGCGAGCACCGGGUCUCGGCGCGUGUUACCUGGAUGCGUUGUCUGUUAUGCUGGAGUUCUAUGGCGAUAGCCGAUGCGGAAUUGAGAUUGGAGGGACGAAAUUUCAAUCCGUCGGUCACGUUGUCGUCGAGCUCUUGGCGACCGUCUUACCUGCAUCUCUCGAAGAUUGCGAAGGGUGGACGAGCGCGUUCACGCUCGCGCGCGCGACACUGCGCACUGCGUGUGUCGCAAUAGUUCCGCAUCUUCGUAUGAUGGUCGAAGUCAGUCAGGCGUCGCUGCGCGGAGUCUCCGACGAACCCGCGGCGGCGGCUUUGUUAUUCGCGACCGACUUGCUUCGAGCGCCGGUGAUGUUGAGUGCCGAGUUGGCGUCCACUGCGAAGAAUGCUUCUGCGAGCGCCAUGCACGCCGGUCUCGGGCGUCUAGCGGCGGAGAUCUCGGGUCAAAGUAACAAAAAGCGAGGGACGUGCGAGUGGAAUCGACGUUCAGCCAAGCCGGUCGCGGACGCCGUCGCCGCGGCGAUGGAAUCUCACAGCGUCGUAAUCGUGCGCAAAAUCCUCGAAGCAGCAAACGGCGAGAUGCCACCGAGUAUGAUAUCCGAUAUUUCUGCGGCUUUGCACCUCGUUUGGAGCACGUAUGGCACCGAGAGAUUUCAAGGCGUCAUGUUGGCAGCGCUCGGCGGCGAAGACGACGCCUUCCCGAAGCCCAAAACAAAGCUAUCCGACAAGCGCGAGUGGGUCGCGUUUUUGACGAACGAGACCUGCGCAAACGAUUGUCGAGUAUUUAAACGAUUCUUAAAAUCGUUCUUGGGAGGGAAAAAAGUAGGCAAAAACUAA